AGGUACAAUCAGCCUCCGUGGGACUUCUCAUGCACUUGCCUUAGAUUCCUUCGUGUCCGAAGGGUAUAAAUAUCCCUCAAAGUGAGCAUUUGAUUCAAACAAGCGAGUUCAGUCCUUGAUCAUUGGCAAGCUCAUUAGCCUCUGGUACAUACCUGAAGAUGGCGCCCUCUAGCAAGGUGGUGUUCAUGUUGCUCCUCAUGACCUUGGCAUUCAGCCAUGGUCAGACUUCAGCCAACGGAGAGACCAUCACGGAGAAGAUACAGCAUGGGCUCACGGAGGUCGCAACUACUGCUGAGAAACUCAAGGUUGCAGCAGAGAAGAUCGACAUUGUCAAUGCUCCCCAACAGAGUAUCACUAUCGCUCAGGGACUGACCGCCAUCACUGCCAAGCUUGGUCAUGUUAUCGAAAAUGUGAAUAAUGAGACAUUACCUGCACUUGCAGAGACGGAUGCAAAGCUCAUUGUGAAGGCCCUCGAGGAGUUUGUAAAAUAUCACCAAGCAAUGCUAAUAGUUGUCAUGGAGAAGAAUGAGCUCCCAACUAUGAUUGCCUGCUCCUUCCCUAUCAGGAUGACACUGGUAAGCAUGGACGCCGCGCUCCAAGUCUUUGCCUCUGAUCUGAUUGCGCUCAUUCCAACCCAAAAGCGAGAUGCAGAGAAGCAAUUUUCUAGCCUUCAUGACUUGCUGAGAAACACCUUGAACAAAUACAGCGUCUCCUUCCGAUCAGCUGAAUCAGACGCAGCGCUCACCGCCACCACAGAGAAGAUCGUCGAGGGACUGAAGACUGUCACGGAUAUGUCCGAACAGCUCAGAGUUGCGACGCAGAAGAUCAACAUCUUCAACGCUCCUCAGCAGGGAGCGGUGAUAGCCAGUGGAUUUGCAACCAUCAUUCAGAAGGUCUCUGAGGGAAUCGUCAGGGUGGACCGAGUCACUUCAGGUCCGCUUCCCGACGCUGAUGCCCAGCUCGUAGUGGACGCCCUCACCACAUUCGUGCAGGUCCACCAGGCCUUGCUCUAUGUGGUGAUUGGCAAGCACGGCAUCCUUACGAUGAUUCCGUUCUUCGAGCCCAUCAGAAUGGCACUAGUGAGUCUGGAGGCUGUCAUCGACAGGUUGGCGUUCGACUUGAUUGCUCUAAUUCCUACUCAGAAAUCCUCCGCAACAAUUCAGUUCCAGAAGCUGGACGUCACGUUGAAAGACGCCGAGGAUACCUAUAGCUUCCCGCUGGCAUCCGCUGAAUCAGAUGCUGCUCUCACCGCCACCACAGAGAAGAUCGUCGAGGGACUGAAGACUGUCACGGAUAUGUCCGAACAGCUCAGAGUUGCGACCCAGAAGAUCAACAUCUUCAACGCUCCUCAGCAGGGAGCGGUGAUAGCCAGUGGAUUUGCAACCAUCAUUCAGAAGGUCUCUGAGGGAAUCGUCAGGGUGGACCGAGUCACUUCAGGUCCGCUUCCCGACGCUGAUGCCCAGCUCGUAGUGGACGCCCUCACCACAUUCGUGCAGGUCCACCAGGCCUUGCUCAAUGUGGUGAUUGGCAAGCACGGCAUCCUUACGAUGAUUCCGUUCUUCGAGCCCAUCAGAAUGGCACUUGUGAGUCUGGAAGCUGUCAUCGACAGGUUGGCGUUCGACUUGAUUGCUCUAAUUCCUACUCAGAAAUCCUCCGCAACAAUUCAGUUCCAGAAGCUGGACGUCACGUUGAAAGACGCCGAGGACACCUACAGCUUCCCGCUGGCAUCCGCUGAAUCAGAUGCUGCUCUCACCGCCACCACAGAGAAGAUCGUCGAGGGACUGAAGACUGUCACGGAUAUGUCCGAACAGCUCAGAGUUGCGACCCAGAAGAUCAACAUCUUCAACGCUCCUCAGCAGGGAGCGGUGAUAGCCAGUGGAUUUGCAACCAUCAUUCAGAAGGUCUCUGAGGGAAUCGUCAGGGUGGACCGAGUCACUUCAGGUCCGCUUCCCGACGCUGAUGCCCAGCUCGUAGUGGACGCCCUCACCACAUUCGUGCAGGUCCACCAGGCCUUGCUCAAUGUGGUGAUUGGCAAGCACGGCAUCCUUACGAUGAUUCCGUUCUUCGAGCCCAUCAGAAUGGCACUUGUGAGUCUGGAAGCUGUCAUCGACAGGUUGGCGUUCGACUUGAUUGCUCUAAUUCCUACUCAGAAAUCCUCCGCAACAAUUCAGUUCCAGAAGCUGGACGUCACGUUGAAAGACGCCGAGGACACCUACAGCUUCCCGCUGGCAUCCGCUGAAUCUGACGCUGCUCUCACUGCCACCACACAGAAGAUCGUCGAGGGACUGAAGACUGUCACGGAUAUGUCGGAUCAGCUCAGAGUUGCGACGCAGAAGAUCAACAUCUUCAACGCUCCUCAGCAGGGAGCGGUGAUAGCCAGUGGAUUUGCAACCAUCAUUCAGAAGGUCUCUGAGGGAAUCGUCAGGGUGGACCGAGUCACUUCAGGUCCGCUUCCCGACGCUGAUGCCCAGCUCGUAGUGGACGCCCUCACCACAUUCGUGCAGGUCCACCAGGCCUUGCUCAAUGUGGUGAUUGGCAAGCACGGCAUCCUUACGAUGAUUCCGUUCUUCGAGCCCAUCAGAAUGGCACUUGUGAGUCUGGAAGCUGUCAUCGACAGGUUGGCGUUCGACUUGAUUGCUCUAAUUCCUACUCAGAAAUCCUCCGCAACAAUUCAGUUCCAGAAGCUGGACGUCACGUUGAAAGACGCCGAGGACACCUACAGCUUCCCGCUGGCAUCCGCUGAAUCUGACGCUGCUCUCACUGCCACCACACAGAAGAUCGUCGAGGGACUGAAGACUGUCACGGAUAUGUCGGAUCAGCUCAGAGUUGCGACGCAGAAGAUCAACAUCUUCAACGCUCCUCAGCAGGGAGCGGUGAUAGCCAGUGGAUUUGCAACCAUCAUUCAGAAGGUCUCUGAGGGAAUCGUCAGGGUGGACCGAGUCACUUCAGGUCCGCUUCCCGACGCUGAUGCCCAGCUCGUAGUGGACGCCCUCACCACAUUCGUGCAGGUCCACCAGGCCUUGCUCAAUGUGGUGAUUGGCAAGCACGGCAUCCUUACGAUGAUUCCGUUCUUCGAGCCCAUCAGAAUGGCACUUGUGAGUCUGGAAGCUGUCAUCGACAGGUUGGCGUUCGACUUGAUUGCUCUAAUUCCUACUCAGAAAUCCUCCGCAACAAUUCAGUUCCAGAAGCUGGACGUCACGUUGAAAGACGCCGAGGACACCUACAGCUUCCCGCUGGCAUCCGCUGAAUCUGACGCUGCUCUCACUGCCACCACACAGAAGAUCGUCGAGGGACUGAAGACUGUCACGGAUAUGUCGGAUCAGCUCAGAGUUGCGACGCAGAAGAUCAACAUCUUCAACGCUCCUCAGCAGGGAGCGGUGAUAGCCAGUGGAUUUGCAACCAUCAUUCAGAAGGUCUCUGAGGGAAUCGUCAGGGUGGACCGAGUCACUUCAGGUCCGCUUCCCGACGCUGAUGCCCAGCUCGUAGUGGACGCCCUCACCACAUUCGUGCAGGUCCACCAGGCCUUGCUCAAUGUGGUGAUUGGCAAGCACGGCAUCCUUACGAUGAUUCCGUUCUUCGAGCCCAUCAGAAUGGCACUUGUGAGUCUGGAAGCUGUCAUCGACAGGUUGGCGUUCGACUUGAUUGCUCUAAUUCCUACUCAGAAAUCCUCCGCAACAAUUCAGUUCCAGAAGCUGGACGUCACGUUGAAAGACGCCGAGGAUACCUAUAGCUUCCCGCUGGCAUCCGCUGAAUCAGAUGCUGCUCUCACCGCCACCACAGAGAAGAUCGUCGAGGGACUGAAGACUGUCACGGAUAUGUCCGAACAGCUCAGAGUUGCGACCCAGAAGAUCAACAUCUUCAACGCUCCUCAGCAGGGAGCGGUGAUAGCCAGUGGAUUUGCAACCAUCAUUCAGAAGGUCUCUGAGGGAAUCGUCAGGGUGGACCGAGUCACUUCAGGUCCGCUUCCCGACGCUGAUGCCCAGCUCGUAGUGGACGCCCUCACCACAUUCGUGCAGGUCCACCAGGCCUUGCUCAAUGUGGUGAUUGGCAAGCACGGCAUUCUGACGAUGAUUCCGUUCUUCGAGCCCAUCAGAAUGGCACUAGUGAGUCUGGAAGCUGUCAUCGACAGGUUGGCGUUCGACUUGAUUGCUCUUAUUCCUACUCAAAAAUCGUCGGCAAUAAUCCAGUUUCAAAAGCUGGACGUCACGUUGAAAGAUGCCGAGGACACCUACAGCUUCCCUCUUGUAUCAAAAACUUAUGCUCAGACAGAAUUUCUGAGGAGUUGAAUCUACGAACGAUGCUCACGUUUCCUUUCCGAAUUACUCGAGAAGAUCAACGAGCUGAGUUCCUGAGUACUAUGACGAGAGCAUUUUAUGAGAAUAGGACAUGAUGAAAACAAGGUGGACGUGGUCGUUCCAUCGUUUCCAGUUUUGUUAGCACCGUCGAAACGAACUGAAAAAAAUUUACCUUCUGGUGCAGUUUGAAACUUUGUAUGCAUGGACAUAACAUUUGGUAUCGUGUCUGGACUGCUUUACCAACAGUUCUCGGAAUACCUGUUAAUUGAUUUUGUUAAUCUGAAUAAAUAUUUCUUCGAUUCCAAUGUCA